AUGUCCCAACGGGUCACCCCAACGGGUUUCAUUUGCACGACUUUUUAUGUUUAUACAGUUGUUUGUUCUAGAUCUCUGGGUGGGGAGGUGAGCAGGGGGCAAGCUGUAAGAGCAUGCCAGGACCCAGCGAGAGGCCGAGGUGUCACUCCUGACGCACAGGAUUGGUACCACACUCUAAGCCCUUCAUCGCGCCACCCACUAAUGUCUGGGAGUGGUCCAGUCUUCUCAUUUCCCACGCAGGAGUCAUCCUUCCUUCCCACUGCUGCACUCAGUGCAUGCGGCACGGUCGCGGAUAUGGAUUCUGCAUCCUCAGGCGUGGCUUCGAAGUGGCCAGGCAGCCUCCAGCCAGGUUUUCCGCAUGCUCCAGCCAGGCUUUAUGCAGAAACCUGUAUAUUACUCACCUCGCUCGCUUGGGCGAACCUGCUUUGCGGUAGUCAUCAGUUUAAGCCAAUCAUUGCCGCUCCAAUGAUUGAGUUGUUGCGGGGAGGCGGGUACACAACCCCCGAUAUGUGGUUUGUCUUCUCUUGUGAGUGUCGGCCCCUGGGCACUUCUGCCCAGCUGGCGCUGCCGCGCGCACCCGCCACGGAGCGGCGCCAGUGCGGCAGCGCGCCGCCCGGCCACACACACAAAGCCGCGGCAGCUGGGCCGCAGCUCCGCGGCCGCCACACACAAAGCCGCGGCAGCUGGGCCGCAGCUCCGCUGCCGCCACGAAUUUGCUGGCCCGCCGCCCAGGCCGUGGCCGACGCGGGGACCGCAGGAUCGUCGAGCGCCGUCGCGGUGGCCGCGGCCCGUUGGCGCUGUGCGGUCGGCGCGGCGCGACAGCGCGCUGCGUGGCCGCGGCUCUGGCGCGAGCACUGCCGCCCUCCGGCGCGGCGGGCGGAGGCCCCUCGAGGGGGCCCUCCGGGGCCCACUUGGAGCCGAUCGGUCCUCGGAGGGCUUCGAGGGCUUCGGGCGUGCGUGGUGUUUUUGUUCGGGCGUUUUUGGAGCCGAGCGGUCCUCGGCUCGAACCUAACGUCCAUGCACGGUCACAGGAGCCACGCAGGCGGGGCGCGCCGUGCGCGUCGGCAGAGGCUCCGCCCGGGCGUGGCGGCCCGGCGCGCCCGCGUCUCCGCAGGGCGCGGCGGCAGGUGUAGGACUGUUGCCCCGAAGUAUGGCGGGCAGAAUCAGGCAGACGCCCAGACUGGGAAAGAUGUGCAGGCGGCCGUGCCCUCCACGCUGGGGCGCCUGCGCCUCGACAGGGCCGCCUCCCACCUGGGCGGGCGCCCCGCGCGCUUCGACAACGUGCGGGCGCGCCUGGAGCCGCCCAGGCCUGGCGACCCUCCGUCGUCACAGACGCUGGUGGUGAAGGCGCGCGCCAACUGGGAGGGCGACUGCGCCAUCUGGCUGGUUCUCGGCACGCACAGGGCCGCGAUCACGGGCCUGAGCCUGUCUGGCGACAUCAUCGUGGAGUUCGUAGGCCUCCGCAGCCUCCACGGCCGCCCAGCCGACGGCCUGCGCCUCUUCUUCGCCAACCUCCCCGAGCUGAGCCUCGACGUCCAGAGCAAGGGGGCCUUCUUGGGCACUCUCCUGGACAUGAUGGACCUCCGCGACAAGCUGCAGUCGGCGGUGCUCCAGGGCAUCGAGCGGAGCUGCGUGCUGCCGAACGGCCUGGGGGUGCCGCUCGACCCGGCGGUGGACGCCCUGGGGGUCGCGCGGCCCUCGCCCGAGGGGCUCCUGCGGCUGACCGUGCUGCAGGUGAAGGGCGUCGGGGGCCCCGGGGACGGCAGCCCAGGCGCUGGCCUCACCGUCGAGGCCAGGGCUGGUGCCCUCCGCUCGCGGGCGCGGCUGGCGCCGGGCGGGGCGCCCACGGCACUGGCGCCCCUGCUGGUGUCCGCCGCGGCGCACCAGCACGUCACGGUGGCCUUCGCCGCGCCGCGGCGGUCCGCCGGUUGGGCGCGCUUCCGAGCGGCGGAUGCGUUGCAGUGGGCCUCGCAGCGCAAGGUAUUUGAGCUCGCGGACGGCGAGGGUGCGCAGGGCUCCAGCGGCAAGGUCGCCCUGCGGGCCGAAUGGGCGCCGCUCCUCCACGAGACCGCGGGCGACGCGGGCGGCGGCCUGGCCCUUCUGCGCGCGGGCGUGGUCUGCGCCUCGGGCGGGGCGCCGCUGGCGGACCCCGGGGCCCAGUGCUGGGCCACGGUGCGCUGCAGCUCCGCGGAGCCCAGCACGGGUGGCGAGGAGACCUGGUCCACCUCCCUGGCGGCCCCGUCGCGGGAGCCGGCGUGGCCGCCGGGCGCGGGGCCUGCGGGCGGGGGCGGGGAGCGGUUGCAGGUGCGCUGGCAGGAGGGGAGCGACUUCGUGGUCUCUGCGCCCGGCUCCGCGGUGGCGCACUUCGAGGUGUGGCGCCAGGCCCCCGGCGGCAAGAAGCGGAGCCUCGGGAGCUGCAGCGUGGGCGGCUUGCGCGUCGGCCUCGCGGCGGCGGGCCAGCCCUGCCCCGCCACGACGCCGGAGGGCGCCGUGCUGGCAGCGCCUGGCGGCGUCUUCCGGGGCGCGGUGCCGCUCCGCGGCGGGGAGGACCCGGCUCGCGUGGACCUCGAGGUCUCCCUGGUGCUGCUGCCCUUUGCCGCCUUCGGGGCCGCCGCGGCCGGCGGGGCCUCGAGGCCCGGCUCCGGGAGGCCGAAGUCGGCGGACCGGAAGAAGAAGGCGAAGGCCGCACCCGGCACGGAGAAGGAGGAAGUUCCGCUGGAGAAGAUCUGGACCCAGGGAGCCCAAGGCUGGCUCGACGCCGGGGCCGCCCUGGCCAGCGGUGCGCUCGACGCCACCGUGGGCGCCGCCAGCGCGCGUUUUCAAGGGAGCCCCGCGCAGUCAACGUCUUCACGGACAGGGAGUCCCACGCGGAGGACGGAAGCCAGGAAGGCGAAGGGCCUGACGGUCAAGGAGUGAUGGCCAUGCGCUACGAGUACACGAUUUCGUUCGUUCUGGACGCGCCCAUUCUCAGACCUCCAAUCUCUUGAUUUGUAGCCGCCUACCCCACGCCCCAACCCCCUCCCGCUCGCGUGAGCGGGCACGCGUCUCACGAGCUUGAACAGAAGGUCUUCAUUGUCGAGGUUGCGAUGUUCCUCACAACGUGCUCCACGCCACGCCCCAGCGGGCAGUGGCGCGCUCGCCAGAGGAGCGCGCACGCCGCAGGCGUGCGCCUCGUUCGUCGCUCCCGACCGACGACGGCGACGACGGCCUCCCUCCUGGCGAGCCGCGGGGCGGCGGCGCGGCUGAGCGCCCCUGCGGCUGGGCCCGGCUCGGCGCCCGCGCUUCGCCGCCACAAGCCGCCAGCGCGCUCGGAGGCUCAAAGAUCGGGUGCGGCCAAAGGUUCGGUCGGGCGUGUCCCACUACAG